CAUUUAACACUUAUAUAAUGAGUAGUAAUAUUGUCACGAGAUUGAUGUGACUUCAUUGUUAUUCGAAAAUGAAGAUGCUAUGCAAGGUCUCGCUUUUGCUCUUAUUCUUGGCCACACUGACUUGCUACUGCAACGCCUUGCCCCUCUCAGCCCACAAGCGAUGGAUCAUCGACGACGCAACGGGGAAGCGUGUGAAACUCACGUGCGCUCAUUGGGUUGCACAUGCAAAGCCAAUGGUGGCGGAGGGUUUGGACCACUUGCCCUUAAACGACAUCGUUAAGCAGUUUCCUGAACGGGGAUUCAACUGCGUUCGUCUCUCCUAUGCGACUUACAUGUUCACUCGCUACGCCAACGUCUCCAUUGGCGAGACCUUGAGUAGUCUGGACAUACCGGAGAGGGUGGCAGCGAUAGAGAAGCACAACCCUUGGGUGCUGAACAUGACGCACCUUCAGGCUUUUGAAGCUGUGGUUGAUGCCUUGGAUAAACAAGGGGUCAUGAUGCUCAUUGAUAACCAUGUUAGCAUGCCUAAAUGGUGCUGUGAUCGUCAAGAUCAGAAUGGCUUCUUCAAUGACAGGCACUUUCAACCUCGUGAAUGGCUUCAAGGUUUGGCUUUUGUAGCCCAACAUUUCAAGGGAAAACGCCAUGUUGUGGCUAUGGACUUAAGAAAUGAGCUUAGAGGUUCACGUGAAAGUUCAAAGGAUUGGUAUAAGUACGUGAGGCAAGGAGCAAGAACCAUUCACCAACACAACCCUAAUCUCUUAGUUGUAAUCUCAGGCUUAGACUUCGACAAAGACUUCACGUUCUUGAAGAACAAGCCCCUUGACCUAAACUUCACCAACAAGAUAGUUUACGAGGCGCACUUGUACUCUUUUACCGGCGACACAGGCAGUUGGAGCCUUCAACCGGUGAAUCGGGUUUGCGCCUCUGUCCUGGAGUCGGUGCAAAAUCUAUGGGGAUUUUUGAUAGGCGGAAGCAACCCAGCACCAAUGUUUGUGAGCGAAUUCGGUUAUGACAUGACGGGUGAAAAUGAUGCAGACAACAAAUACAUCGUGUGCUUCAAGUCUUACCUUGCAGCGAUGGACAUGGAUUGGAGCUUGUGGUCUUUUGGAGGAAGCUAUUAUUAUCGACAAGGGAAUGUUGGUGCUGAUGAGAGCUAUGCUGUUUUAACCCAUGAUUGGACAGGUUAUAGAGACCCUAAAUUCCCACACAAGUUUCAACUUCUUCAAGCUCUACUCCAAGAUCCAGCUUCUAACCUUUCAAAGUCCCAGAUACUGUUCCAUCCUUUGAGCGGUAACUGCACGCACGUGAGCAGCAAGAAGGAACUUGAAUUUGGUGACUGCAAGAACCAUGUUAGGUGGAGUUUCGAAGGAGAUGGAGCCCCAAUCAGAAUGAUGGACUCUCCUCUGUGUCUGAAGGCAACUGGUGAAGGCCUUCCUCCAACACUCUCAAAGGAUUGCUUGUCACCACCACAGAGUUCUUGGAGAUUUGUUUCGGUGACGGGUCUUCAUUUAGCCACCAAAAAUAAGAAUGGGGACCUUCUGUGCUUGGACACUGAUUCUCAUUCUUCUAAGUUAGUCACCAAAAAAUGCAUCUGCGUUGAUGACGAUGAUUCUGCUUGUUUGGAUAAUCCCCAAAGCCAGUGGUUCCAGCUUCUUACAACCAACGUCUAGUUAAAUUAAAUAUUUUAGGAUUAGCAUUAGUUCUUAUUUUUAAUGGCACCUACCCGAUGCCAUAUUAGCAUAAUCGUAAUAAUAAAAUCUAUGGAAAAGUAUAUGGAACCAAAAGGUGAUCAGCCAAAAAGUAAACAAAAUCGUUUAAUUAGAAUCAUUUUUUGAAUAAUAUGUUUGAAAACUGCUCCUGGAAUCACGGAGCACAAAUCAAAACCCAAUUUUUCAUGGAGCCCAAACACAUUUUGGCUAAUUUUUGGCUGAUAUGCUUUUGUUCCUAGUUGUUCUCCACGAGUCAUGAACUCCUUUGUCAUCGUAUUAUAUCCAUGACUUCUUUAGAUCUUGGAAUAUCAUCGUAUUAUAUCCA